AUGGCGUGGGCGACACGGUUCCUGUCUGCGGUGUGCUUCUUCGCGGCGGGCGUCCUCUUCGCCCCAGAUGUCCUCGUCGGCGACCGCUCCGGCUCCGGCGCCACCGCCGUCACGGCCGCCAAGGUGUCCCACCUCCUCUGCUUCGCCACCUGCUGGGGCGCUGCGCUCUGGGCUACCUUCAUCGGCGGAAUCAUCAUGUUCAAGAAUCUGCCGAGGCACCAGUUCGGGAACCUGCAGGGGAAGAUGUUCCCGGCCUACUUCACGCUCAUCUCCGCCUGCGCCGCCGUCUCCGUCGCCGCCUUCGCCUACCUCCACCCGUGGAAGGCCGCCUCCGCCGUGGAGCGCUACCAGCUUGGCUUCCUCAUCUCCGCGCUCGGCUUCAACCUCUCCAACCUGCUGGUCUUCACCCCCAUGACCAUUGAGAUGAUGAAGAAGAGGCACAAGAUCGAGAGAGAGCUUAGCAUCGGUGACGAGGUCGGGUGGUCAAAGAACGUCAAGACGGCAAAAAGCAACCCUACCCUCGCUGCGAUGAACAAGAAGUUUGGGAUGAUCCACGGUCUCUCAUCGCUGGCCAACAUCUUGUCGUUCGGCAGCCUUGCCAUGCACUCCUGGUACCUUGCCAGCAAGCUUGAGCUGUGA